GAGGAAGUAAACAAGACAACUUGAUCAAAACUAUUCUUGUGUGUUCUUCUGUGCAUCUGAAUAUGGGGGAUCAUUUAGUGUUACUAGUGGACCGGUUGUUGACUGAAUCCACAUUGGAAGCUGCAAUCGAAAGCAGGAACCAAUCUUUGCAUGCCACAGCAUUGGCAUUUGAUGACACAAAGGUAUUCAACCCUUCUCCGAAGCCGAAAUCAUCGACCCCGGGGGAAAUCGUUGAGUGUUGGAUAUGUCAGGAUGAGGAUGAAGAUUCAAAUAUGGAGACCCCUUGUUCUUGUUCUGGCAGCUUGAAGUAUGCUCAUCGCAGAUGUAUACAGAGAUGGUGCAAUGAGAAGGGCAACAUUACCUGUGAAAUAUGCCUUCAGCAAUUCAAGCCAGGCUAUACUGCGCCACCUCCCUUGUUUCAUAUUGGGCAUAUUCCGAUGAAUUUCAGGGGGAACUGGCAGAUUUCUAGGAGGGAGUUGAACAAUUCUCGCUUCAUAGCAGUGGUCUCGACAGAUCAUAGCUUACUGGAUUCUGGCUACGAUGAAUAUUUAGCUUCAACUACAAGAAGCUUGAUAGGUUACCGUACCGUUGCUAUAAUCUUUAUGCUUCUGGUUUUUCGACAUGUUCUUCCUUCCAUACUAAAUGUAAGCGACGACUACACUUUCCCGUUAUUUACGGUGGUAUUACUUUGGACUGCCGGAAUCAUCCUGCCAAUCUAUGUCAUGGUUAAAGUAAUGACUGCCCUCCGUCGUCAUGUAUGUCAUCACCGCAGGCAGCAACAGGAGACUCCAAAUUCAUCAGUUAAUCAAUCAGAUGAAGAAAAUGAAAUUCCAACAGUGCAAGAUCAGCCUCAUGCAGUUAACAUACAUUCAAUGCCAAUAUAGAUAAAUUGAACACACCGAUCUUUCUAUCUUUAGUAGGCGAAAAGAGUCGA